AUGUCUAACCCCGGGGGCCGGCGGAACGGGCCCGUCAAGCUGCGCCUGACAGUACUCUGUGCAAAAAACUUGGUGAAAAAGGAUUUUUUCCGACUUCCAGACCCAUUUGCUAAGGUGGUGGUUGAUGGAUCUGGGCAAUGCCAUUCUACAGAUACUGUGAAGAAUACACUCGAUCCAAAGUGGAAUCAACAUUAUGACCUGUAUAUUGGAAAGUCUGAUUCAGUUACGAUCAGUGUAUGGAAUCAUAAGAAGAUCCAUAAAAAACAAGGUGCUGGAUUUCUUGGUUGUGUUCGUCUUCUUUCCAAUGCCAUCAACCGCCUCAAAGACACUGGUUAUCAGAGGUUGGAUCUCUGCAAACUUGGGCCAAAUGACAAUGAUACAGUUAGAGGACAGAUAGUAGUAAGUCUUCAGUCAAGAGACCGGAUAGGCACAGGAGGACAAGUUGUGGACUGCAGUCGCUUGUUUGAUAACGAUUUACCAGAUGGCUGGGAAGAAAGGAGAACUGCCUCUGGAAGAAUCCAGUAUCUAAACCACAUAACAAGAACUACGCAAUGGGAACGCCCAACACGACCGGCAUCUGAAUAUUCUAGUCCUGGCAGACCUCUUAGCUGCUUUGUUGAUGAGAACACUCCAAUUAGUGGAACAAAUGGUGCAACGUGUGGACAGUCUUCAGAUCCCAGACUGGCAGAGAGGAGAGUCAGGUCACAGCGACAUAGAAAUUACAUGAGCAGGACACAUUUACAUACUCCUCCAGACCUACCAGAAGGCUAUGAACAGAGGACAACACAACAAGGUCAGGUGUAUUUCUUACAUACUCAAACUGGCGUGAGCACGUGGCAUGAUCCAAGAGUGCCUAGGGAUCUUAGCAACAUCAAUUGUGAAGAGCUUGGUCCAUUGCCUCCUGGAUGGGAGAUCCGUAAUACAGCAACAGGCAGAGUUUAUUUUGUCGACCAUAACAACAGAACAACACAGUUCACAGAUCCUCGGCUCUCUGCUAACUUGCAUUUAGUUUUAAAUCGGCAGAACCAGUUAAAAGAUCAACAGCAACAGCAGGUGGUAUCGUUAUGCCCUGAUGACACUGAGUGUCUGACAGUCCCACGGUACAAGCGAGACCUGGUCCAGAAACUAAAGAUUUUGCGGCAAGAACUUUCCCAACAGCAGCCUCAGGCUGGCCAUUGCCGCAUUGAGGUUUCCAGGGAAGAGAUUUUUGAGGAAUCUUAUCGACAGGUCAUGAAAAUGAGACCAAAAGAUCUUUGGAAGCGAUUGAUGAUAAAAUUUCGUGGAGAAGAAGGUCUUGACUAUGGAGGGGUUGCCAGGGAAUGGUUAUAUCUCUUGUCACAUGAAAUGUUGAAUCCAUACUAUGGCCUCUUCCAGUAUUCAAGAGAUGAUAUCUAUACAUUGCAGAUCAAUCCUGAUUCUGCAGUUAACCCGGAACACUUAUCAUAUUUCCAUUUUGUUGGACGAAUAAUGGGAAUGGCUGUGUUUCAUGGACAUUACAUUGAUGGUGGCUUCACAUUGCCGUUUUAUAAACAGCUGCUUGGGAAGUCAAUUACUUUGGAUGACAUGGAGUUAGUUGAUCCAGAUCUUCAUAACAGUUUAGUGUGGAUACUUGAGAAUGAUAUUACAGGUGUUUUGGACCAUACCUUCUGUGUCGAACAUAAUGCAUAUGGGGAAAUUAUUCAGCAUGAACUUAAGCCAAAUGGCAAGAGUAUCCCUGUUACCGAAGAAAAUAAAAAGGAAUAUGUCAGGCUCUAUGUGAACUGGAGGUUUUUACGAGGCAUUGAGGCCCAGUUCCUGGCGCUGCAGAAAGGAUUUAAUGAAGUCAUUCCACAGCAUCUGCUGAAGACAUUUGAUGAGAAGGAGUUAGAGCUCAUUAUUUGUGGACUUGGGAAGAUAGAUGUUAACGACUGGAAGGUCAACACCCGGUUGAAACACUGCACACCGGACAGCAAUGUGGUCAAGUGGUUCUGGAAAGCCGUGGAGUUUUUUGAUGAAGAGCAGCGAGCACGGUUGCUUCAGUUUGUGACGGGAUCGUCUCGAGUGCCUCUGCAGGGCUUCAAAGCUUUACAAGGUGCCGCAGGCCCACGCCUCUUUACCAUCCACCAGAUUGAUGCCUGCACUAACAACCUGCCCAAAGCCCACACGUGCUUCAAUCGAAUCGACAUUCCACCCUAUGAGAGCUAUGAAAAGUUAUAUGAGAAGCUGCUAACAGCCAUUGAAGAAACGUGUGGAUUUGCUGUGGAAUGA